AUCCGGACGUCACCUGUAGCGACACCAAGAAGAUCGCCGUCACUACCACAAUCCACCACUCGUAGUAGUAGUAGUACUCUGGCCAGAACUCCUACAUCCAGCAGCAAAAAGAAAAAGAGAUCCUCCUCCUCGAAACGUUCCUCCAAGAAGGAUUCACCCCCUCUUCCUACACUCCAACUUUGGACGACGAAGAAUCGGAUCCAGUCAAAUACUUUCCCGCCAUUCAAGCGGCUCAGGCAAAAGCUAAAGCAGCUGCCGAAGCUAAAGCCAAAGAAGCUGCUGAAGCAAAAGCCAUCAAACGACAACCUUCUGUGGCAUCGGCUUCUCUGCAAUCCUCCUCGGCUUCCACCAAAAAGAUUGCCACAACCAACACUAAAAGAAGAAAAAGAACAACAAACCCAAAACAAGGGCAGCACCAAGUCCCGUUCCCUUUGAUGAAGAUCCUACCAUUAUGGAACUGGAAAAGGCAUUUUCCAAGGAUGUCACAGAGUACACCAUGGACGAGGAAGACGACGAUGAUGAUGAUGAUGACUUGGUGGAUGACGACGAAGUCGACUUGUUUGACGAAGAACUCAAUCAUGGCUGCGGGGUCACCACCACUCCCAAUGGUACCACAGUAGUCAGUUGCAAUCCGGCGGCCGCCGGAUGCGGAAACCCUGCCUUGCCCACCACCAACGAAGAUGUAUCGCGACAAUUGCUCGAAGCCUUUAACUGCGGCGAUGAUUUCACAGAGUUUAGUGGGUCGGCCGUUCACCAUGCCAAACAACGAUCCUGUCGACUGGUGGAUGCCUUUUACGAUAAUACGUGUGGGAAUUACAGAGACGCCGUCCACAUGAAACGACCCUAUUACGAUGAACGGUUUGCGCAGCGGUUCAUAAAGGAUAUCAUGGAAGAAGGAUUGAACGUGCUUUGGCAUCUCCCCCCUUCCGACGAAGACUCCACAUUGGACAGUGCCAACUGGUCAGGACGAAGUGUUGUCAUGACCGUUAAAGCGGGGUCGAGUUACUCAACAAAUAGCAAUGACGUCAUGCCCAAAUUGUGUUGGACUACUCUGGGCGGGGGAAAGGAUGAGAGCAAACUAGCUCGGUGUCUUGUUCCUUUGCUCAAGAUUCAAUCUGUGUCAACGUUUCGGGAUGCUCCUCCCGUGGUGGGGUCUCUUGGUGAUGAAAUCAAAGAAGAGGAACUGACGGGAACGUCGUGUGGGGUCAAUUUGAAACCUGUGACUGUGGACGAGGAAGAUGUGUGUCUGUUUGCCAUUACCACCGAGGAAGGUGAUGUUCAAGUCUUUGAAGCAGCAUCAUCACGAGAACGUGAUGUAUUUGUCACUGGUCUCAAAAAUGUGAUUGCUCGAUUGAGCUUUCAUGUCAUUGUCGGAGAUGCCGGUGCUUCCUCGGAGCUCUAUUAUCAACACGACAAGCAGUCGCCCGAGGGACAGUUGCCCUCGAUCCCCAGUAGUCCCGCCCAAAAUAUGAAUCGAAUUGCCCACGCACUGUUGGAUUGACGAUCGAUUGAUGCAACAGUAUUUAUUUGUUGACUUGGGCGUGGUAACACGAAGACUCAACUGUAACCAACCACCCUGUAACGCACGUAACAAGUUCCUCUAUAAAUGCAGCAAGUAAUUCCGUGAUUCCGUGUCAAUGGUGUGAACGCAGUUUCGAGUUCUCUAUCCCGAACCAUGCCCGGAAAGCUCUGCCAUCUCACACGGUACUAGUAGACUACAGUGUACAUGGAGAAACACAAGCCAUCCCAGUCCCCACCCAGCUUUGAGCCAUCCAAGCACUUCCAAUACUGUAGCUAAUAGCCUGCACCGCUGACCCCCACGGAACAGGUCACUUCCACCUAUUUUGCCGCUGUUAUGUUAUACC